UGGCCGCCUAUCGAUAACCGAUAGCCCAACGUUGCCAGCAGAUAUUUUUGGGGCCAAGUGGUGGAAAAUACGUGUAAUAUUUACAAUAAGCGACCCGAAAACAUAUUAGCGCAGCAGAAAACCAAAUGGAGACGCCCACGGCCGACGACCUGUUGCAGUUCCGCGACUACAGCGGCGGCGCCCCGGCCCAGAUCAACGUCAACUCGCCGACCCACUCCUCGGGCGGCGGUUCUGGUGGAUCCGCUGGUGGCGGCGGUGGCUCCAGCAACAAUGCCAACGCACAGCGUCAACGCGGCGAUCCGCUGGCGGAUCUCAUCUACGACAUGACCACCUCGGCGCAGGGCCUGUCGGGCGAUGGCGGCCAGCAGCCGCAGAACGCCUCGCUGGACGGAGCUGGCGGCGGGGCUGCCGCUGGCGGGGCACGGCUCUCCUUCCUCACCAUCGAGUACUACCAGCAGUUCUUCAACGUGGACACCUACAUGGUGCUCGAGCGGAUCGCCAACUCGAUGAUCCCCAAGCGGGCCGCCGGCAACUAUCUGCGCAUGAACAUCGGCAAGAAUCCGGAUCUCUAUGGACCCUUCUGGAUCACCGUCACCCUGAUCUUCUCCAUAGCCAUCAGUGGCAACAUAGCCAGCUACUUGCACCACGCCAGCGACGGCUACCGCUGGCACUACAACUUCCACCUGGUCUCCUAUGCGGCCACCUGCAUCUUCCUGUACGCCAACAUCUUGCCGGCCGUUCUGUGGGCCUUAUUUAAGUACAGCCUGAAGCCCGUGGACUCGGCGGACGCCAUCGAAACGGAUAGCGCCACCUACACCCCGAGUCUCCUGUCGCUGAUGUGCAUCUACGGCUACAGCCUGGCCAUCUAUAUACCAGUGUCCAUUCUCUGGGUGAUCAAUAUCUCCCUGCUGCAGUGGAUCCUGGUGAUCACCGCCGCCCUGCUCUCGGGCACCGUGUUGAUCGCCGUGCUGACGCCCGCCCUGCGCAACUCGCAGUUCUCGCUGUUCCUCAUCAUCGGCAUCCUGAGCGCCCAUGUGGUGCUGGCCGCCGGCUUCAUGCUCUACUUCUUUCACAAUCCCCCCGAGUCGCCGCUGGCUGCAGCUGCUCCGCCAGCAGCUGCGCCUGCUGCUCCGGCUGCCCUGAAAGCCGUGACCCAGGCGGUGCUCAACGCAGUGCCCGGCAACCAGACCCACUAGGAAGCAUUCCGCAACAGCCAGUUCGUCAUUGUCGCUGACAUUUGUUGUACCUUAAGUUCUCCCUAAUGCAAUAUUCGUUAGAGCGCCGGGCUGGGGGUCAGAUGCUGCGGAUUCAAGCCUCAAGCAUCUGACCCUCAUUAGCCUGCGUUUCGUGCUUUGUAUUGACUUUCUAUGAUGUUUGGCGACUGUAUAUUUAUAUUAAAUUAGUGGUAAACCUACAUGUAAUACCAAAAAAGAUACAAAAAAUGCUUGAAUCGAUAGAACCUUUUGCUGGUGUAGUGAAAAAUUUAACAUUUUUGUCCAAGAUUCGCGAAAGACAAAAGAAUAUGAUAAUCAUGCCAUCAUUAAAAUUGUAAAUAUAAUCCAAAGUACUUAAAAUGA